AUGAACAAUGGUGAUGGAGCAGAGCUUAAACAGAGUGGGGUUUCAAACAGUUCACCAGCUGGUGAGUGUAUUCUGCAAAUUGAUAAUUGUACAGGGUUCCUGGAACAGCUUUAUAACAGGUUUAGUUUGGACAACUACCUUCAGAUUCAGAUUGUAAUACAUACCAUUGAAGAGAUCAACAGGGAUCCCGACAUUCUCCCAAAUGUAACAUUAGGUUUCCAGAUGUAUGACACCUGUAAUGUACCACAUAAUGAGUUACAAGGAGCAUUACAAUUCCUAACUGAGUAUACCACAUCCAUCUCCAGCAGUCAAUGUAGUUUCAGGUCAUCUUUCCCUGCUGUUAUUGGAUCCAAAGUUUCUGCAAACUCAAUCAUCUUGGCUCAUGUUCUGGGGACUUUCAGAUACCCACAGCUCAGUCCAUAUUCGAGCGCUUCUUUACUGAGUGACCGGAAAAUGUUUCCAUCUUUCUUCAGGACUGCUCCAAAUGAUAAAAGACAAUCUAUUGGACUGGCUCAACUUAUUUUGAGCUUCGGGUGGACUUGGAUCGGUUUUUUGGCUACAGACAAUGAUUAUGGUCUCCUGGGAAUUCAGUUAAUAAAACAAGAGAUAAUUAAGGCUGGGGCAUGUGUAGCUUUUACUGAACAUAUACGUUUAGGACAAGCAGAUCGCAAUGCUCCACAUAUAGUGAGGGUUAUUAAGCAGUCAUCAGCUAAAGUAAUUGUUGUAUUCUCUGUGGACUUUGAAUUUGUUCCUGUUGCAAAUGAAGUGUUGAAACAGAACAUCACAGGGAGGAUUUUUAUUGGAAAUGCCGGUUGGGUCAGGACCACAUUACUAUCAACAAGAAAUUAUUUUCACAUUUUUUCUGGCACUCUUGGCUUUACCAUUAUUGAUUAUGUGGUUCCAGGAUUAAGUCAUUAUCUCAGCAAGAUACGUCCUUCUCAAUCUAUGGGGGAGACAUGGGUGAAAUUAUAUUGGGAGAAAGUUUUCAGUUGUAAAUUUCUUUAUGGGAAAAACUUUACUAGUUCUUUGGAUGUCCCAGAAAAAGAAUGUACUGGAGAGGAGAAGUUUGAUGAUGUUAGGAACAGUUCCACCUACAUCAACAGCUUAAAAAAUUCUUAUUUAACUUAUUCAUCUGUGAUAGUUAUGACUAAAGCUUUGGAUGAUCUGAGAAGCUGCAAGGCGGGUGACGGGCCAUUUUCUCAUGGGACCUGUGCAAACUUUUUGAAUUUCAAACCAUGGCAGCUCACACAUUAUAUCAGGAAAGUCAGGCUCACACUUAGUGGUGACAAAUACAUUUACUUUGAUGAGAAUGGAGAGCCACCUUUUGUCUAUAGUGUUGUGAACUGGCAACUGAGUCCAGAAGGAACUGUAAGGCAAUUUCAUAUUGGAUAUUAUAAUACCGCCGCACUUCCUGAUGAAGCUCUUACCAUCAAUUCAAGUCUGUUGCUGUGGCCUAUGGGGGAUCAGCAGGUCCCUCGCUCGGCCUGCAGUGAGAGCUGUUCUCCAGGAUACAGGAAGGCUGCAAGAUCAGGACACCCCGUCUGCUGCUAUGACUGUAUCCAAUGUCUACAAGGAGAAAUAUCUAACCAGACAGAUUCCCUUAACUGCAUCAGGUGUCCAUGGGAUCAAUGGCCAAAUCUUAAGAGAUCCAGAUGUCUCCCAAAAUCCAUGGAGUUUCUUUCCUAUGAAGAUGCACUGGGAGGAACUUUAGCUGCAGUCAGCAUAAUAUCCUCACUUAUUCCUGCUCUUAUUUUGAGUCUUUUCUUGUUCAAUAGACAAACUCCUAUAGUGAAAGCCAAUAAUUACUCUCUAAGUUGUCUUCUACUGAUGUCCCUGUGUCUCUGCUUCCUGUGCUCUUUAGUAUUUGUAGGUUACCCCAACCACCAGAUGUGUCUCCUGCGUCAGGUACUAUUUGGCCUGGCCUUCACUUUGUGCAUCUCAAGCAUUUUGGCUAAGACUAUCCUGGUGGUGCUUGCUUUUAUGGCUACUAGACCAGGCAGCAAUGUGAGGAGAUGGAUGAGCCCCCAAGUGUCCUACAUGAUUAUUAUUACCUGUUUCCUGUUACAAUUCAUCUUGUGCAUCACUUGGUUGUCCACAGCUUCUCCAGUCCCACAAUAUAAUACUUUAACCAAACCAGGAAUCAUCAUUGCUGAGUGUAAUGAGGGAUCUCCCAUUGCCUUCUGGACCAUGCUGGGAUAUCUGUUCCUUCUGGCCACCAUUAGUUUCAUUGUUGCCUUCCUGGCUCGAAAUCUGCCUGACAGGUUCAAUGAGGCCCAGUUUAUUACCUUCAGCAUGCUGGCCUUCCUCAGUGUCUGGGUGUCCUUUAUCCUGGCCUCCCUUAGUGCUCAGGGUAAAUACACGGUGGCCAUGGAGAUAUUUGCCAUCUUGGCUUCCAGUUGGGCUCUGGUGAUCUGUAUGUUUCUGCCCAAAUGUUUCAUUAUAGUGUUCAGACCAGAUCAAAACAGUCAACUUCUCAUAAUGAAAAUGAAAGAUUAA